AUGUCCCAAAAGAAGACGGUGAUUAUCAACGGGCUCGUCUUCGAUGGUCAUGAGCUCCAUCAAAAUCUCGCCGUCGCCAUCGAGAAUGGCGUUAUCAGCAAUCUGGGCAAUGUGCCAGAUACAUCCUACACCACCAUCAUAGACGCAACCGGACAGACACUUCUCCCAGGCCUCAUCGACGCUCACGUUCACCUUACCGCCGACCUCGAGAACACCUGUCACCUCCUCACACAAAUGGCAAGAGCCGGCAUCACCACCGCACUGGACAUGGGAUAUCUGCCCAAGCCAAUCCGGGACGCUGUUCGAGACCAGCCAGGAAUGACGGACAUCCGCGCAGCAGGGAACUAUGCAACCAGCACUGGCAGCACACACAGCCGAUUCCCCCACAUUUCGAAAGAAAGCCUUGUGGAUAGCUCCGAGCUGGCAAUCAGCUUUGUUCAAACAAGGAUAGCGGAGGAUGCUGAGUAUAUCAAGAUCGUGGCGGAUAUUCCAGGACCGAGUCAGGAGGUGGUGGAUACUCUCGCCGCGGAAGCACGAAAGGCUGGGAAAUUGAGCGUCGCUCAUGCGGCGAGGAAGGGAUCGUUUGCUAUGGCACAGGAGGGGAAGGUUGAUAUCGUCACUCAUGUCCCACUUGAUUUCCCGCUCGAUGAGGAUGAGGCGAAGAAGAUGAAGGACGAAGGGCGUGUUUGUGUUCCAACGCUGAUCAUGGAGCAAGGAUUAGCUAAGGCUGGAAUCUUUCCGGGUUUGGACUAUACUGCUGCAAGAGAGUCCGUGAGUCGGCUUCAUAAGGCGGGUGUGAGUAUUGUGGUAGGGACGGAUGCGAAUCAGUCUCCUAGAGCGGGUGUCAGGCAUGGUGAUGCUAUUCAUGAAGAGUUGAAACUUCUUGUUGAUGCUGGGAUGUCCAAUUUGGAGGUGUUGAGAGGCGCGACGAGUGCAUCGGCAGAGGCUUUUAGGCUUUAUGAUAGAGGUGUCAUCGCUGUUGGAAAACGAGCUGAUCUGGUGCUUGUGAAUGGGAAUCCGGCGGAGAGCAUUGGAUGUACGAAGGAUAUGGUGAGAGUAUGGAUUCACGGGGAAGAAGUCAAGACCAGGGAUUGAAGGUUGG